CCCUGAUCCCUCUCCCCAUUCUUCUCCCGCACCCCGCGAUUCUCUCAUUCCACUGACUCUAUUGAACUCACGGUAUUCCUCUGUCGCAAUGGAGUCUCUCCUCCAGCAGUCUCGGGCUAUGUGCCCGUUUCUCAAGCGCAGCUCUCCCACCAGUCUGCGUACUCUUGCCACGGCUACUCGUCCUAGCCCUGGUGGAGGAACCAUGUCCAAUCUGCAAGUGUUGGCUCGCCGCUGCCCUGUCAUGAGCAAGGCUCUCGCUGUCCAGAGCGCUCGCAUGGCCAAUUCUAAGCGGUUCACUUCUUUUACUGCGGGUGUGGCGAACAUGAACAAGCAGCCGUUCCGCACCGCUCCGCCCAAGAGAGCAUUGCACUCCACUGGAGGUAAUGGUGCUAAUAUGAGCCCGGAGUUCUAUAAGGAAAACCAGCAAGUCCACCAUGGUUUCCCCGGGGCUGCCAAUGCUCGUACUGGAGCGACUGCAACUGUGUCUGGUCCUCGCCCCGAGGCUCCCGCGGCUGCGUCCUUCAAUUACAACGGCUUUUACAAUGCGGAGCUCCAGAAAAAGCACAAUGACAAGUCUUACCGCUAUUUUAACAACAUUAAUCGUCUCGCCAAAGAGUUCCCCCGCGCUCACACAGCUUCUCAGGAAGAGAGGGUGACUGUGUGGUGCUCCAAUGACUAUCUUGGUAUGGGUCGCAACCCUGAAGUCCUUGCUAGCAUGCAUCAAACAUUGGACACUUACGGAGCCGGUGCGGGAGGAACUCGUAACAUUUCCGGCCACAAUCAGCAUGCAGUGGGGUUGGAGAAAACUCUAGCAGACUUACAUGGAAAAGAGGCAGCCCUAGUCUUUAGUUCGUGUUUCGUCGCCAAUGACGCAACUCUAGCCACCCUAGGGAGCAAGAUGCCGGAGUGUGUCAUUCUGUCAGACAGCCUUAAUCAUGCAUCAAUGAUUCAGGGUAUCCGCCAUUCAGGCGCCAAGAAGAUGGUCUUCAAGCAUAACGAUUUAGUUGACCUUGAGGCGAAGUUGGCUUCCUUGCCAUUGAAUGUCCCGAAAAUUAUUGCGUUCGAAUCAGUUUAUAGCAUGUGUGGUUCCAUCGCUCCUAUCGAGAAGAUCUGCGAUUUGGCAGACAAAUAUGGAGCCAUCACUUUCUUGGAUGAGGUCCACGCUGUGGGUAUGUAUGGACCUCACGGUGCAGGAGUUGCAGAGCAUCUCGAUUACGACGUCUAUGCGUCUCAAGACACCGCAAACCCUCUUAGCACCAAAGGUAGCGUGAUGGAUCGAAUUGACAUCAUCACUGGUACCCUCGGUAAGGCGUACGGAUGUGUUGGCGGCUACAUUGCUGGUUCUGCCGCAAUGGUUGACACCAUCCGUUCCCUUGCCCCUGGAUUUAUUUUCACCACCUCACUUCCGCCAGCCACUAUGGCUGGUGCCGACACCGCCAUCCAAUACCAGGCUCGUCACCAACAGGACCGCGUGCUGCAGCAACUGCACACCCGUGCUGUUAAGGAGGCCUUCAAAGAGUUGGACAUUCCCGUGAUCCCCAACCCCUCGCACAUUGUGCCCCUUCUUGUAGGCGACGCAGAGGUCGCUAAACUGGCUUCUGACAAGCUCCUCGAAGAGCACGGCAUCUACGUCCAAGCGAUCAAUUACCCCACCGUACCCCGCGGCGAGGAACGUCUCCGUAUCACACCGACCCCCGGGCACGUCAAGCAGCACCGCGACCACCUCGUCCAAGCCGUCCAAACCGUCUGGAACGACCUAGGCAUCAAGCGCGCCAGUGAUUGGAAAGCGCAGGGCGGAUUCGUCGGCGUAGGCGUGGAAGGUGCUGAAGCCAAGAACCAACCCAUGUGGUCCAACGAACAGCUUGGCUUGCAGACCAACGAACCCCUCGAAGCCGCCUUAGAGCGCGAGUUCAAGGCUACUGCUGUGGUUCCCCCUCGACUUAAGACCGGGAACACCAUCAGCCCUGUGGCUACUGCUCCUGCGUCCUCGAUUCCGGUUAGCGCUGCUGCGUAAGAGCCCUCUCUCUCUACAUCUUGUUCUCUACAAGUUCUGUUGGAGGCGGUAAAUGGAAUGUGGGAAACUCUGCUAUAUAUGUAGCAAAGCAUUCCCGUCCGCUCGUUAGACAUGUCAAUCACGUGUGAUUGAUUUUACUUCUUGACUUGGCCCCAUCGGUGGUAACUAUCCGCCGAUGAUGCUUAAUAACCGUAUACAAGUCCCUUGUCUAAUAUGUGACUUGGUUUGUUGGCUGGCUGUAUGGGGACCGGUCUGUCCUUGAUAUUUGGG